AGGCUUUCGGUAAUAAUUGUUUUUGUCGUUCGAUUGCGUAUUUCGAGUUUUUUUUUUUACGGUACACACGAGUUUUGGGAAAAAGUCAUUUUGUCGCCCUGUGCGAAGUGACAGUGAAAAAAAAAAUAAUAAUGGCCAGUAAAUAAUCGGAGAUCGCGUUUCAGAAUUAUCUCGAAGUUUCCUUCGUUACGUUACUUGGUUUUUGCGUAUCUGUGACUAAUUUCACGUUUAUUCAAGGUGUUUCUUGUUUUUUUUUUUAAAUGCAGUGAACCAAGCAUUACAUCCCUUACGGAAGUGUUGUCCGAAGGUUAACCCAUUAUUAAGUGCAACCAACCAAGAGACUCUUGUGCCGUUGGAGUUUUUUUUUUUUUGGGAAAUCUUUUACUUUGACAUUGAAAAAAAAAAUUUAUGAAUGAGUGUCGACAGGGGAUUGAAUAUGCUGCAUCUGCAUGGGAAUAACCCAUAUCGCAGCAGCAUGUACAAAGGGAGAGGAGCAUUUUUGAAAUCCAUGUCGGAGUUCCCGGUGGAGGGGGGCGAGAAUGGGGACAUGCAGUCGGUCAUGGAGAAUUUUCAGAAGAAAAAUAAUCUCGUGGCCGGUAGAGCGCACGGCGCCCAGUCUCAUCAUCCUCAAGUCACCAGGUCGGGCCAGAUGCUGACGAACCAGAGCCAGACGAGCAGCACCAGCAGUUCGAGCAGGGUGGCCAAGUCCUCCCAGAGGAUCCUCACGUCCUCGUCUUUGAGUGAGAUGAAAGCCAGCUCCGUGAAGAGCGGCCUCAAUGAACUGAAGCGCGGCAUGUGCGAAAUGAAGAAGAACAUGUCGACGAACUUCUCGCAACAUUUGCGCAGCAGCAUGGAGAACUUGGUUGACAGAGAUCCCAGUGGAACCGAGGAAGGCGACAUGUCCGAACCCAUGGUCACGUUUCCUGACCCGGAUACACCGCCACCUGUCACUGGCACUGUCACCUUGACAGUUGGCUCGCCCUCUCAGCUGAGCUCUCUCAAUUCCCUUAACAAUCUUCACAACAUGAACCCACCGAUGAGUAUGACGAACAUGACGAACAUGCCGACUAUGACGAACAUGACGAACUUACCGGCUGGUCCGGAAACGAUGAAGUUCGAACAGAAGAAAAUGACCAGUGCUUCCAAGACCAAGGUGGUCACCGAUGGCUUCUCCGCGGAGAAAGCCACGGCCAACAGCGCCGAGAUGAGGGCUCUUCAAGCUGGCGACGUCUCCUACAAGGAACAGAGCGCCGCGACGGCGGCAAGGGCGCGCGUCGAAGUCGACGGCGUUUCCGCUGAGAAAAGCGUCGCCUCGGCAAGGGAGCAACGGAGUCUUAAGGCUGGAGAUCUUUCUCAUCAGGAGAGCAAUAACAUGGCAGCGUCCACAAUGAAGCUGCAGAGCGACUCCUUCAGUUCGGAAAAGAAAGCUAUGGCGGCUCAGCAACAACGACAGACCGUCACGUCGGCGGGUAUCUUCAAUCACGAGAAACACAUGGCAGCCAGUUCGCAAUCGAGUAUCACGAUAGCUUCCAAAGGUGUCACGUCGAAGGCGUCUAUGAUAUCUGCAGCAAGUGCCGUAAAUCAAUUGAUGAACGGUAUCAGGCCAGCCGAGGAUGAGCUUCUGUCCUUGCCCCUGGACGACCUGGACCUUCUGUGUUCAAAUUCGAACGCUCAGGACGUCGAGCGUGCCAUUGCUAAAUACUCUGGAUUCUUAGACAGCUUUGUGGAGAGGCUCAAGGCGAAUGAUGGUAAAAAUGGUAAAGCGCCCUUGCUCCUCGAUAGAGUCAAUGAAAUUAUACGAAAAGCUUGGGCUGUACCUACCCAUGGGCAUGAGCUGGGAUACACGCUGUGCAAUACUCUCAGGGCACGGGGUGGACUUGAUCUACUCAUAAGCAACUGCAUUGCUAGUGAUCACCAACUACAGUUCUCCUCGGCAAGAUUACUUGAACAGUGUCUCACUACUGAGAACAGGGAGCACGUCGUGGAGAAUGGCCUGGAGAAGGUGGUAAAUGUUGCCUGUGUAUGUACAAAAAAUGCCAACUCUGUGGAUCAUGCACGAGUUGGUACCGGGAUUCUGGAGCAUCUCUUCAAGCACAGCGAGGGUACGUGCAGCGAUGUAAUAAGACUGGGUGGUCUGGAUGCCGUUCUGUUUGAGUGCAGAAAGAAUGACGUGGAAACGCUGAGGCACUGUGCUGGCGCGUUGGCCAAUUUGUCUCUUUACGGAGGAGCCGAGAACCAGGAGGCAAUGAUCAAGAGGAAGGUCCCCAUGUGGUUGUUUCCGCUGGCGUUUCACAACGAUGAUAAUAUUAAGUACUACGCCUGUUUGGCUAUUGCUGUACUCGUGGCCAACAAGGAGAUCGAAGCUGCUGUUCUCAAGUCCGGCACCCUUGACCUCGUCGAACCCUUCGUCACCUCGCACAAUCCUUACGAGUUUGCAAAAUCGAAUCUCGCCCACGCUCAUGGCCAGAGCAAGAACUGGCUCGAAAGACUCGUACCAGUUCUCAGCUCGAAACGAGAAGAGGCUAGGAAUCUCGCUGCCUUUCAUUUCUGCAUGGAAGCUGGCAUCAAGAAACAACAAGGAAACACUGAAAUAUUUCGUGCGAUUGGUGCAAUAGAACCGCUGAAAAAGGUAGCUAGCUGUCCAAACGCCAUUGCUUCCAAAUACGCCGCUCAGGCCUUAGGAUUGAUUGGCGAAGAGAUUCCUCAUAAACUCAGUCAGCAAGUUCCUCUGUGGUCGACAGAGGAUGUUCGUGAGUGGGUUAAACAAAUAGGAUUCGCAGAGUGCGCAGCUAAUUUUGUUGAAAGCAGAGUCGACGGAGACCUUCUUUUACAACUCACUGAGCAAGAUCUUCGCGAGGAUAUCGGACUGACUAACGGUAUUCGAAGGAGACGCUUUACCAGAGAACUUCAAAACCUCAAGAAAAUGGCUGAUUAUAGCAGUAGGGACACUGGAAAUUUAAAUAGCUUUCUACAGUCUAUUGGACAGGAGUUCUCCAUCUACACCUACAAUAUGCUCAAUGCUGGUGUUGAUAAGGAUUCCAUCAGGAACUUGACGGAGGACCAAUUACUUUCCGAGUGUGCCAUCACCAACAGUAUACACAGGCUAAGGAUACUCGAUUCCAUCAAGAAUAUGCAGCACAAUCAAUUUAGUUCCUGCGAGAAUGAAUCGUCCGAUAAGUCCUUGGACGUCUUUGUUAGCUACAGACGAUCCAAUGGAUCACAGUUAGCCAGUCUGCUCAAGGUCCAUUUACAACUUCGAAGUUUUUCUGUCUUUAUUGACGUGGAGAGGCUAGAGGCUGGAAAAUUCGACAACAAUUUGCUACAGAGUAUUAGGCAGGCCAAGCAUUUCCUUCUUGUUCUCACACCGAACGCUCUGGAAAGGUGUAUACAGGACAAUGAGUGCAAAGACUGGGUUCAUAGGGAAAUUGUGGCAGCAUUACAGUCACAAUGUAACAUCAUUCCCAUAAUAGACAACUUCCAAUGGCCCGAACCUGAGGAAUUACCUGAAGAUAUGAGGGCAGUCUGUCACUUUAAUGGAGUACGCUGGAUCCAUGACUAUCAAGAUGCCUGCGUAGACAAACUAGAAAGGUUUAUGCGAGGUGAGAUUCCCAUGAGGUCGGAAGGCUUGGGUGGCAUUCCAAGAAGUAUUGCGUCGAAGGACGUGACGACACCAAGUACUCCAGGUAGUACCAACAUACGUCAAGCACCGAGCUAUCAACGUAUGCACAGCAACGAGAGUAGAGGUAGUGAUAAAGAUUCCACUAGUGGAAGAGAUUGACUAGAUGGCCCCCCCACAGCUAUACCGAGCAGGCUUAGAAAAUCAUCCAGUCCGUUCCGUUGGUUAAUGGGUCUUCCACCCACCUCACCACGACUGAAAUUCGUUCACACUCAUCCUGGAGGUAGUCCGAUACCAAGAAGACCUCCUCGUCAUCCACCAUCACCCUCGACACGUUCUCGUUCUCUAGAGUUACUGGACCAGGACGAGAAGGAGACGGUUUUACCAGUAGUCGAAUCUGAACCACUUCCUAGGCCAAGGUCCAGGAGUCUAGACGGUCUUUUGGACGAUGACGGCGCUGUAACUGAUCU